CUGUGCUGCGGACAGCCCCGGAGAAAGCCGGAAAGAUGGCGGCCUCCUGGAGGCUGGGCUGCGACUCUCCACUGCUGCGCUACCUCCUGGGUCUCGGCAGCCGGCGAAGUGUGGGGUUACCUAGGGCUCCUGCGGUGUCGCCUGUCGGCCAUGGGACUAGCUGGAGAUGGCUUCACAGUUCGCAGUGGCGGUGGGCCACCAGAAAUUCUGUCUCAGGUAGAGCUCAGGAAUCUGCAUUUUGCAACUUUAGGUGAGCCUAUUAAGAUACUAAUGCCCUCCCUGUCUCCUACAAUGGAGCAAGGGAACAUUGUGAAAUGGCUGAAGAAGGAAGGUGAAGCUGUGAGUGCUGGAGAUGCGUUGUGUGAAAUCGAGACUGACAAGGCUGUGGUUACCUUAGACUCAGGCGAGGAUGGCAUCUUGGCCAAAAUAGUUGUUGAAGAAGGAGCUAAAGAUGUAAGGCUAGGUUCACUAAUUGGCUUGAUGGUUGAAGAAGGAGAAGAUUGGAAACAAGUUGAAAUUCCCAAAGAUGUUGGUCCUCCACCACCAGUUUCAAAACCAGCAAUGCCUUCCCCCUCACCAGAACCUCAGAUUUCUGUCCCUGCUAAGAAGCAACACCCAGCAGGCUUGAUGCAAUUCCGUUUGAGUCCAGCUGCCCGUAAUAUUCUGGAAAAGCAUGCACUGGAUGCCAGCCAGGGCACAGCUACUGGCCCUCGAGGGAUCUUUACUAAAGAAGAUGCUCUCAAUCUGGUCAAGCUGAAACAAAUGGGCAAGAUUACUGAGUCUAGACCAGCCCCAACUCCUCCAUCCACUCAGAAAGCCUCUUUGCCACCCCCUGCCACAACUGGACCAUUGUAUCCCCGGCCAAUGAUCCCACCAUUAUCAACUCCUGGACAACCCAAUGCUGUGGGCACAUUCACCGAUAUUCCUGCUAGCAAUAUUCGAAGAGUUAUUGCCAAGAGGUUAACUGAAUCUAAAAGUACUGUACCUCAUGCAUAUGCUACUGCUGACUGUGACCUGGGAGCAGUUUUAAAAGUUAGACAAGAUUUAGUCAGAGGUGACAUUAAAGUUUCAGUAAACGAUUUUAUCAUCAAGGCAGCAGCUGUUUCUCUUAGACAAAUGCCAGGUGUUAAUGUCAGCUGGGAUGGGACCGGCCCGAAACAGCUAUCCUCUAUUGACAUUUCAGUGGCUGUGGCAACAGAUAAAGGUUUAAUUACUCCAAUCAUAAAAGAUGCUGCUGCUAAGGGAAUACAGGAAAUUUCCAAGUCUGUAAAGGCUCUAUCAAAGAAAGCAAGAGAUGGAAAAUUAUUGCCUGAAGAAUAUCAAGGAGGAUCCUUUAGUAUUUCCAACUUGGGGAUGUUCGGCAUCGAUGAGUUCACUGCAGUGAUCAACCCUCCUCAGGCAUGCAUCUUGGCCGUUGGGAGAUCCCGCCCUGUGCUGAAGCUCACUGAGGAUGAAGAGGGGAAUGGCACGCUGCAGCAGCACCAGUUCAUCACCGUCACCAUGUCAAGCGACAGCCGAGUCGUUGACGAUGAACUAGCUACCAGGUUUCUUGAAAGUUUUAAAGCAAACCUAGAAAAUCCUAUCCUUCUUGCUUAGUCCUCAAAAAUGGGAACUGCAUCAAAUAUUUGCUAUGAAAAAACACAAUAGGAAACAGUUAGGUAUUUAAAUAUGAAGUGGAUGAGUUGCAUAUUUAUUUAAACUGAAAGCUUCUGAUUUUCAUUGUCUUCCUUUUCAGUGUGAGUUUAUUGUGAAGUAUGAGAACAAACCAAUAAAGAGAAGAGAAGGUUUGGUUAGUCAAACCCAUUUUUAACCUCUGGUGCUGUACAGAAAGGUUCAAAUGUAUCUAGAUGAAAAUCAGAUCAUGUUUGGCUCAAAUCCUACAUUUACAAUACCUUGUAAACUCAAAAAAUGAAUGGAACUCUAUCUUGUUGAAAUUAGAAGUGGGCUUCAAAGAUACUCCUGUUAACUUAGCAGUGAAAUCUUAUAAGCACUGCUAUAGAUAUACUUGAACAGUUUAAUAUGUGCAGAAGUUUAUUUGAGAUGAUAGUAAAUAAGGAUCACAUUACAUAAGGGAUUGUGGCAACAUUAUUAAAAUUUUUAUGUAUAUAAAGCCAUAUAUGUUUUAACCAUGUAUGUUUCUGUUGGUCUUUUUUUUCACUUCUGUAAUUGUGAUCUUCUAAAGAUGAACUACUAGAGAAACAAAACUGAUGAAUGAGAGAGACCAACAAUGUUUGGUUAAAUGAAAAACAUGGAGACUGCUCACCAUCAUGAGUUGGAAUAGAUUGGAAUAAAUUUUGUUAUCUCCUCCCAAACAUCUUGAAUUAGUAUUGAUUCAUAUACGAUAUGAAUUUCAUAUACAGUAUGCAUUUAAUCAAGUUACAUUGUGCAGUAGAAUGUGAGAAAAUAUAAUAAAAAUUCCUAUUUUUUAUUUUA